UAAUGCCGCUCGGUUAAUUGACAUCCUUAUUGCCUUACGGAGGUGUAUAUUCACACGGACAGCUCCCCAGUAUUUGGAAGCUUAGCCCCUUUACUAUGUGGCGCUAUAUAUUGGGGUCGUAGAGGGAGGUUAUCCCAGGGAUGUGCGACUUGGUACCUGGGCUGCUGGUCACGGCGUUAACAUGAGUAACCGUACCGUGACCCACCCGCUGUAUGUUGGCGUCACUGUGGAGCCUUAUUCCAGCACAGCCCCCUACAACGGAACCAAAGGGGUAGAGUCCGCCGGGUCCCCCAGCAUGGGCACCUGGCUUCUGUCACUUGGCAUUGUCACUGUUAUCGGACUGGCUGUAGCAAUGGUUCUUUACAUCAGAAAACAAAAAAGGCUGGAAAAGCUACGUCAUCAGUUGAUGCCCAUGUAUAACUUCGACCCAGCAGAGGAACAGGAAGACCUUGAGCAAGAACUUCUGGAACCAAAUAGGGACCUACAGCCCCAAGGAAAGGUUCUCCUCACCAGUCUGUGCCCUCUCCAGAGACCCACCCGCCUGGUCUUCACAGACGUUGCCAACUCUAUCAACGCCUGAGUAGCGUGACCACGACACGGAGUGACAUGCAAAGCUUGGGGGAUCCGUGUCACUGUGACCCAUCAUGUGGUUUGUGUCACUGCUCUGGAAGAUGUCCAACGAAGAUGGAGCCUGGGCAUAGACGGCUCUCUCACGUUCCCAUCACCUUGCCAUUGCAGUGGGGACCAGUAAUAUAACCUCCUGUACACAGCCCCAGUGGGAUAACACUAUGGUUUACACUAACACACACAUUUCUGAGUACACAUCGACAUGCACAGUGCCAUGCCAGUAUUGUGACACACAGUGCGACAAAUUCCUGUUGGCUGCAGUGUGGAGUUACUUAUACUUUGCUGCCACAGUGAAAUACACACAUUCUUCAUCGUUGACACCUACAGCAAGUGCCACUGUACUCUGUAAUACUGUACAGCACUACGUUGUGUUUGCCUGUAUAUUGAAAUACACAGUUGCUCAUGCACAAAACUUUCAAUAGGA